GGUUGUACAUCCGGGAGACAUUUAUUUAUAAAUAAUGAGUAUUUAUUAAUUAAUUCAUGUGCAAAUCAUAAAUUGCCAUUUGAUACUGGUUAAUAAUUAUUGAGGUUGUUGAAAAAAGCCUGAAAAUUGAAUAAAAAACGUGAAUUUAAUGCAUUGAUUGCAUUAAAAACUAGUGAGCGAUUUCAAGUGUUAUUAUACGUUUUAGAUCGUUUCAGCAAGAAUUAUUCUUGAACCUAGUAUAUAUAUGCAUCAUUUUGAUUAAACUAGUAUCUGGAAAUGCAUGAGAUCGAUGUGUGACUUAAGUUAAUGAUGUUUUGUUUACAUAUUAAAGAUUCUGUAGAUUUGACCUGGUUGUUUGUUUACGUCCUCACAAAUAGCCAUCAUCCUCAGCAGCUUCUGAGUUGAAGAUAGAUUGUUACAAUUUAUUAUUUUACAAUUAUUGAAACAAGUAUAUUCUUGAUAUAGUACAAGAUGACAUCUAGAUUGGAUCGCUUGUUUCUUUUACUGGAUACUGGUUCUUCUCCCCUUACUCGAAAAGCUGCUGCUGUUCAGCUUGGAGAAGUUCAAAAACUUCAUCCUCAUGAAUUACAUAAUCUAUUAGCUAAGGUUCGUCGUUAUUUAUAUAGUUCUAAUUGGGAUACAAGAAUAGCUGCUGGGCAAGCAGUUGAAGCUAUCAUAAAAAAUGUUCCAGAAUGGAAUAUUCAAAAUAUUAAGCAAGAGAAAAAUUCAACUUGCCUGAAUGAUUUAUCGUUAACUGGUCGGAUGAAAUUUUCAGAGUUUGAUGUAAAUAAAGUGAUUCAAAAUGGUAGCAAUUUGCUUGCCUGUGAGAGUACAAAAAUUGAUAUAGCUGAGCAAUCAGCUUCAGAUCCCAAAGAACAUCUGGCAAAACAGAGGGAGAUGUUGAAUAAGCAUUUGGGAUUAACUUUUUCAUUCAUGGGAAUGGACUCAAAUUAUAUUUCAAAAGAAGAUUUGGAAUUAAACCAUUGCCCCUCUGAAGAUAAAGUAAAACAGGAGCCCAAGGUCGAUGGAACCGAAGGACUAAGCAAUGACACUUCUCAUUUAUCUUUGAAUUGUAUAAAAGCUGAAAAUUCCAAUUGCUCUGAACCAGCACCUAAGAAACGUAAAAUUUCUACUUCAUUUGCCUCAUUUGAAGAAACAGGUGUAGAGAAUAAUGGUGUAAAUCUAUGGGAAGAAACAAAGCAGUGGCCACUAGAAGCAUUCAGUGAUUUGUUAGUUCACGACCUUUUAAAUGCAUCUUGGGAAGUACGGCAUGGGGCCGCAACAGCUUUAAGGGAAAUUGUGAGGAUUCAUGGUAAAGAUGCAGGGAAACGAUUGGAUGCAUCUCCUGAACAAAUGGAUUUGCUGAAUCAACUUUGGUUAGAAGAUUUAGCUCUUAGGCUUGUAUGUGUACUUGCAUUGGACAAAUUUGGAGAUUUUAUUUCGGAUCAGGUUGUUGCACCUGUAAGAGAGACAUGUGCUCAAGUAUUAGGAGCAGUAGCAAAUAUCAUGACUAAGGAUCAAGUUAAAAAUAUUCUUCAAAUUUUACUUCAGUUGUUAAUAAGACCUGAAUGGGAGGCUAGGCAUGGAGGUCUUUUAGGACUUAAAUAUAUACUUUCUGUCCGAGAAGAUAUGAAGGAAUUUAUGAUACCAUUAGUAUUUGAAUCAACUUGUUUAUGUUUGCAAGACAGUGUAGAUGAUGUGAGUGCAGUUGCAGCAUCAGCCUUAGUUCCAGUAACAGACAUCAUUGUCACAACCUUACCUGAAAAAGUUCCAUCUGUCAUAUCAUCGUUAUGGAAUGCAUUGCUUGAUUUGGAUGAUUUAACUGUCUCAACAAGCAGUAUUUUACAACUUCUUGCAUCUUUACUUUCAUAUACUUCUACUUACUGUUCAGAAAGCUCCAUGGGAAAUUUGGAAGAAUUAGUCCCUCGUCUUUGGCCUUUUCUGAGUCAUAAUUCAUCCGUUGUUAGAAAAUCUGUUCUUCAAGCUCUCAUCACUUUAACAUCUACUAAUAAAACAGGGGGUGACAUAUCAUGGCUACCUAACAUAUUACAACCUAUGAUGAGACUUUUAUUCCAACGAAGUUUAGUGGAACUUCAUUCAGAUAUACAUAACCUUUUAUAUGAAGCAUGGAAAAACUUGAUUGCCAAUUCUCCUCUUGUAUCUGUGGCUUUUGCCACUAUACCACUUCUUAGCUCUUGGAUAUCAAUGCUGAUGCAACCAGCCAAUGUACCAUACGAUUCCAAUACUAAUCCAGCAUGGCUAGAUGUUCCACACAAGAUGAAGGACAAAAUUUUAGGACGAUUUCGUAAUUCAUCAUUUCCUAAAGCAAACCAAGAAGUAUAUUUCAUAGGAGGAAAUGAUAAUGGUAAUGAAAAUUCUAAAGAAAGAGAAAAAAGCAUUGUGAGAGCUAAAUUGACGGCUGCCAGAUUUCUUGGCCUCUUAUUAUCUUAUAUCAUGAAACCAUUACCUGAUUUCACUAAGUUAUUUGGGUAUGCACCUGAUUCUGAAACUCCACUUGAAUCCUUUGUGAAACUUAUUGUCUUUCAUUUGAACUUCAAAUCUGCCAUGCAGAGAUUUGCAGUAGCAUUGAUUUUAAAUGAAUGGGCCAAAUUCGGAGAGGAUAUGUGUCCUUCAGCUGCAAAGGAAAAGUGUUUAGAAUGCCUUAAUGAAACUUUGUAUUAUGAUGAAAUAGGUACUGCUUUUACAAGACUCCAACAGGAAUGUAAAGAUUUCAUUGCUCUUGCAAAUCAUUAUUCUGCACCUUUAGAUCUCUCCUUUCAAACUGGAGCUGUAUUUACUUUUGAACAAAUUAUCCAUCUCACUUCUAUAGCUUCCAGGGCAUUUUCUUCUACAAAACUGAGACCUAAAAUUCUUGAAACCUUAGAAGACAGAAGAAAGUCAUUACUAAGAACUGCUACUCAAACAAGCAAUGAUUCAGCUUCUUUAACUAUAAUGGUCCAGGCUUCUAUUGCUGGUGCUUUAGUGUCUUUGAAACAUUUGCCAGAAAAAUUGAAUCCAAUCAUUAGACCUUUGAUGGAUUCAAUAAAGCGAGAAGAUAAUGAACUCUUACAGCAAUCAUCUGCUCAUCAUUUGGUCAAUCUGAUGGAACUAUGUUUAUCUCGAGCAAAUUGCCCAAACCCAAAGAUUUUAAAAAAUCUUACUAAUUUUUUAUGCUAUGAUAUUGUAUGUAUAAAUUUUGAAACAGAGUCGAAUUCAAAUGCCCAAACAGGAAAUAAUAGUGAGAAGUCUCUAGUGAAUAGGUCACUCUCUCUGAAUGAAGAUAGCAUUAUUACAUUAGCAAAUAUGCAAAAGUCUGCUGAAAAGGUGCUUUUACGGAGAAGUAAUUCAAUUGCUUCAAAAAAGACUUUGCAAUCAGUACCUUCAGAAGAAGGUUCCCCUGAUGAUGAGUUACAGAAGAUUUACGAGUUACAAGCCCGUGGAUCUACUUAUGUAUUUACACAUGCUGUUGAACAUUUUGGUAAAGGAUUGCCUGAGAAAUUGCCAAAACUCUGGGAAUCAGUUUUUCAACCUCUAAAGAAUUUUAUUAACCCUGAGGAUUUGGGUGAGAAAGUCUUCUCUUCGAGCUUAAAUCUGACAGAGCUGCUUUGCAGUCUACAAUUACUUAAAGUUAUUUGUCCAUUUAUAAAUGCAGAGCUUCAUUCAGAGCUUGAAAAUGUUUUGCCUCAUAUAUGUUGUUGUCUUGAUCAUCCAGUUUCCAUAGUCAGACACAAAGCUGCCAAUUGUUUGGGAAGACUGAGUAAGGUAAUAAUUGUACAAACAAUGAAUGUUGUUUUGGAUAAGAUUCUUGGAAAAUUGGGUGCAUCUGAUAAUGAGAUUCAGAGACAAGGUUCUGUGGAAGCCAUUGCAUGCAUAAUUGAUGAGCUUGGCCUUGAUAUAGUACCCUAUAUUGUUCUUUUAAUUGUUCCAAUGUUGGGUAGAAUGUCUGAUCAGAAUGAACAAGUUAGAUUGAUGGCUACUCAUUGUUUUGCUUCUCUUAUCAAGCUGAUGCCACUUGAGGGUGGAAUCCAGAAUCCUCCAGCUUUAAAUCCAAAAUUGAUGGAAAGAAAGGAACAAGAAAGACUGUUCCUGGAUCAGUUGAUGAAUCCUAAAAAAAUAGAAAAUUAUUGUGUUCCUGUACCUAUUAAUGCUGAAUUACGUUCAUACCAACAGGAAGGAGUAAAUUGGUUAGCAUUUCUGAACAAAUACAAAUUGAAUGGCAUAUUGUGUGAUGACAUGGGGCUUGGAAAAACUUUGCAAUCAAUUUGCAUUCUUGCUGGUGAUCAUUUUUUACGGGAACAAGCGUAUAAGGAGCAUAAACAAGCUGAUUGUAGACCUCUUCCUUCAUUGGUUGUCUGUCCACCUACUCUUACUGGGCAUUGGAUGUAUGAAGUAGAAAAAUUUAUUAGUUCUACUUUCUUGAAUCCCAUUCAUUACACUGGGCCACCUAUUGAAAGAAUGAGAUUACGUGCAAAAGCAAAAACACACAAUUUGGUUAUUGCAUCUUAUGAUAUUGUAAGAAAUGAUAUUGACUUCUUUGGUUCUAUACAUUGGAAUUAUUGCAUCUUGGAUGAAGGUCACAUAAUUAAAAAUGGAAAAACUAAGUUGGCCCGAGCUAUUAAACAACUUUCAGCAAAUCAUCGUUUAAUUUUGUCUGGCACACCUAUACAAAAUAAUGUAUUAGAGCUUUGGUCCUUAUUUGAUUUCCUCAUGCCUGGGUUCCUAGGUAGUGAAAAGCAAUUUACAGCACGAUAUAGUAAACCUAUUUUACAGAGCAGAGAUGCCAAAUCAUCUUCCAAAGAACAAGAAACUGGUGUUUUAGCUAUGGAGGCUCUUCAUCGACAAGUACUGCCAUUCCUCCUUCGAAGAAUGAAGGAAGAUGUUCUCAAAGACCUUCCUCCUAAAAUUAUACAAGAUUAUUACUGUGAACUGAGUCCCUUACAAGUAAGAUUGUAUGAAGACUUUACAAAGAGUAGAGCAAAACAAUGUGUAGAUAAUGCUCUAGUUGAAGGAGAAAAUUCAAAUGUUUCUGGGACAUCUCAUAUAUUUCAAGCUCUUCAAUAUCUGCGGAAAGUAUGUAAUCAUCCAAAGUUGGUCUUGUCUCCCAAUCAUCCAGAAUUCAGUUCUGUUUCCAAAGAUCUUAAAGAACAAAGUUCAAGUCUCAAUGAUAUUUCUCACGCUUCAAAAUUGUGUGCUCUGAGACAACUGCUCCAAGAUUGUGGUAUUGGCAUAUCAAAUCCAAUUACUGAAUCUACUGAGCCUACACCAGUUGUAAAUCAACACAGAGCCUUGAUCUUCUGUCAACUCAAAGGCAUGCUUGACAUUUUAGAGCACGAUUUAUUCAAAACUCUCAUGCCCAGUGUGAGUUACCUUCGCUUAGAUGGAAGCAUACCUCCUGGUCAGCGACAUUCAGUUGUCCACAAGUUCAAUAAUGACCCAUCCAUUGAUGCUCUACUUCUUACAACUCAAGUUGGAGGUUUAGGUCUAAAUUUAACUGGGGCCGACACAGUUAUAUUUGUAGAACAUGACUGGAAUCCUAUGAAGGAUUUACAGGCUAUGGAUCGUGCUCAUAGAAUUGGUCAGAAGAAGGUGGUUAAUGUGUAUCGGUUGAUUACUAGAGGAACACUUGAAGAAAAAAUUAUGGGACUGCAAAAAUUCAAGCUUUCUGUUGCCAACUCUGUGAUAAAUCAAGAAAAUACAAAUCUUCAAAAUAUGGGUACAGAUCAGCUUUUAGAUUUGUUCUCUUUGGACAUUAAAGGUGAAAAAAUUACUCCAAGUUCAAGCAAAGAAGACAGUUCUAAUGACUUAAAAGCAAAAAAUCUACGGUCAGUCUUAGAUAAUUUGCCUGAGUUGUGGGACACAUCUCAGUAUGAAAAUGAGUAUGAUCUAUCUAACUUUUUACAAUCCUUAAAAUGAGAAAUUUUUGGACUGCUUUAUUUUAUUUUGCUCAAUCAUUUAUUCAGACGCUUUUCAUACGUCACUUUAUGUUUUACUUUUCCUUGGUUAGAAUAUUUUAGGACCAGAUUUGGAGAGCUUUAUCUUUAAUAUUUUCUUUCCUUGUGAUAUGUAAGAGCAUCUUUCUUUACACAACAAUGUCUUUUGUUUGAAAUAGAACUAUCCAAAUAUUUUUGGAUAUCAUCUGAAUAAUCUAGAAAUUGAAAUUAAAAUCUUCCUUUUUUUUUUAUUUGAAAGAACAGAAAGUUCAGAGUUUUUCAUACUAAUAACUAUUUAUUUUGGGUCACAUUCUUUGUAUAUAUUUCAAAUCUUGGCGGUAAAAUAUCAGUUCUGCAUUUAAUUUUAACUAGUUAUUAAAUGUAAUCCUAAACUUUAAAUUGUAUAUUAUUCUGUUAACUAUUUUUAUUUUACUACAAAUUUAGCAGCUUUCCAUUGAUAAUUGAUUAUUUUUUUAUCCUAAUUUUCCAUAAAUGUUUAGUAAGUACAAUAGAGCAUUUAUCUUGUAUCUUUUACCUUACAGCUGGAAUUUGUUGCUAUAGAUUAGUUUGAAUACUCAAAAACAAUAAAUGUUUUGUAAAUAAGUUACUCACUAUUCUGUAAAUUACUUUUUAAAACAUCUCACUAACUUAAAUACCUAAAACAGUUUGUUUCCAAGAAAAAAUUACUUUGCAUUUUUAUCCAAAAAUGUAAUAUUGGUAAUUGUACAUUUUAAUCUUGAUUCAUAUAUUA